AUGUCGCCGAAAACAGUCUCUUUUGGUGCAUUCAUUAAUCGAGCCAAUUUCUGGUACAAAGCAAAUGGGCUUGCGACCUACGAUGAUGUGUACGACGAUGAACCAGCGGAAAAGUCAACAAAGAAAGGCAUAGCAGCAUCACGCGUACGUCUACGUAAGCUUUUCUGCUUCAUCAGCCUUCUCAAUAUACACGUGGUGCUGCUCUCAGAAAUUGGGUUCGUUGUUGCUACUUUUGUGGAAAAUGCAGAUUUCUUACAAGCAGCCACAAAUUUGUGCUACAUAGGUUUCGUUGUAAUGGCAGUAAUUAAAACUUGGAGUAAUAUACGACAACGUACACACAUAAAUGUUCUUCUGCAAAAAUUAUACAAAAUAUAUCCAAAGCACGCCGCAGAUCAACUCGAAUACGAUCUACAAAGACAUCUUGAUCAAUACAAACGAAUGAGUUUUAUAUUCGUUUUCAUAUACCUCUGUACGGUUUGGGGCUACAAUUUCCGACCGUUAUUCCAUUAUUUAAUUUCCAAAUAUUGGCUGCACCAAGGAGCCUGGGAACGAGCAAUACCCUAUUAUGUUUGGGUACCUUUUGAGUGGCGUGACAAUUGGCUUUAUUUUCCGUUUUAUGUCCUCGAAGUAUAUGGGAGCCAAACUUCUCUUGCUGGUUAUGUGGCUAAUGAUUUGUUAUUAUGUGCCACAACAGCUCAGCUGAUAAUACAUUUUCGGAAAUUGGCUAACAGCAUAGAGCAGUAUAAGGUUGGUGGUGGCCAAAGUGAGGUGCAAGUUGUACAAAAUCAGCAGGACGAAAAAGAUUUGCGCUUCUUGUCUGCCGUCGUUUGUUAUCAUUCCGAAGCACUAGAGCUUUGUGAACUGAUAAACGAAAUAUUUGGGACGCAAACACUGGUCAACUUCAUCUCGACUUCUUUCGUGAUGUGCUUUUUGGCUUUUCAGUUUGUCAUUGGCGUGCCCCUUGAUGAACUAAUUAUGCUGGUUUUGUAUAUGGUGUGCUCGCUCUUUCAAAUCUGUAUGAUUUGCAGCUAUGGACAAGAACUCAUAACGACGAGUGAAAAUAUAGGUCACGCCGUGUAUAAUCACAAUUGGCUUGUUGCCGAUAUUCGCUACAAGAAAACAAUGACGCUGAUUAUACGACGCGCCCAAAAGCCGGCUAUGCUAAGAGCCACAUCGUUUGUAGAUGUGAAAAUGGAAACUGUAACUGAUUUACUACAAUUGUCCUACAAGUUCUUCGCCCUCAUACGAACAAUGUACGUGCGAUAAAAACUAAGUCGCAGUUAAGACUCAUGAGAAAAUAAAUGAAGACCUCGUUCUAUUGACACAGACACACAUAGGAUGUAUAUAUUAGGGAUGCUAAUGACUUUUUCAACUCCGGAAAAUAGUGGGAUUGCACGCACACAACACUGGUCAUUUCAGGAUUUGUAAUUUCUAAAGCGGCAUAUGAAAUGGAGUCGGAAAGUCCCUUUUAAUAGCAAAAAGCAACAUUGGCUUUAACUUUUUAGCAAAUACGGACACGUUUGAAGGUUUUUUGUUUUGUUUUGUAAUAUAAAAAGCAACAUAGAAGGAAAGUAAGUAAUAGCACUGGCUAGCCUGAUUUUUUAUUUUAACAUAAAAUAAUAUGUCUUAAAACCUAUUACUUCCCGCUAA